AUGGAUUAAACUAAAGUCAAGAAAUCAGGAGGAUUUGAAUCAAUGGGAUUAAUCCCAGAACUUUAUAGACCUAUUUAGGGAUAUAAUGUUCCUACUCCAAUUUAGAGAAAAGUAUAAUUUCCAGACAUAUAUUAUUUAGGCAAUACCUUAAAUAUUAGCAGGAUGUGACAUUGUGGCUUGCUCAAAGACUGGAUCUGGUAAAACAGCUGCUUUUCUGAUUCCUCUAAUAAAUAAGCUACAGAAUCAUAGUACAGUAGUAGGUAUAAGAGGAUUAAUUCUUCUUCCGAAAAGAGAAUCGGCAUUACAAAUUGCAUCAGUGUUAAAAGUUUAUGUAAAUUUACAGAUCUAUAAUACUCUAUUAUGGUUGGAGGUCAUGGGUUUGAGGGUUAAUUUGAAAAUUUAGCUGCAAAUCCUGACAUUUUGAUUUGUACUCCUGGUAGAGCAUUGUAACAUUUAUUGGAAGAUAGAUUAAAAUUAUCAAGAGUUUAGAUGGUAAUUUAUGAUGAGGCUGAUUUUCUUUUUGAAAUUGGUUUGGCAGAUCAACUAAAAUAAACUUUAACUCAUCUUCCUUCUUAAAAACACUCAUUAAUGUUUUCUGCUACAAUCCCAGAAUAACUCAGUAUGUUUGCAUCUGUGGGUUUAAAGGAUUAUAUAUUUUGUAAAUUAGAUAAAGAGUUUUAAUUGCCAGAUAAGAUGUAAUUGCAUUUUUUACUUGCAGCAAAUGACAAUAAAUUAAGUGCUCUAAUAUAUUUAAUAAGUUAAUUGAAAGAUACUUGUUUGAUAUUUGCAUCGACACGUUUUUUAGUUGAUAUGCUCUCUUAAGCUUUAAAUAAAUUUCAUAUUUCAUCUGUUCAUGUUACGGUAAAAUGGAUUAAUUGA